AUGGUUCCAGCAAACCAUCCUCUCCUCGCUACCCUCGCUGGUGCGUGGUCCUUGGUGAACAAGACAUCGUACUUCCCCAACGGCACCAUCUCACCGCCGUCCAACGACCCGCUGGGCAGCAAGCCCGUGGGCAUCAUCGCCUACACAUCAACGGGGUGGGUGACGAUGAACAGCAUGGCGACGGAGCCCGCACUGCGGCCCGACUGGCUGACCUGGCCGCCCCAGGACAACCAGACCGACGCCGACUGGGCCGUGCUCGGCCGCCACACGUACUCGUACGCCGGGCCCGUGACGGACGUCGUCCCGCGCUACCCGACCGCCGGCUCCCUCGUCCACGGGCCCCUGACCUUCUCCAACAUCCCCGCCCAGGUCGGCACCGCCCAGCACCGCGACUACGAGCUCCUCGACGACGCGAGCUACCUGCAGCUGACGGUCAAGCUCGACACGGGAAACUCCGGGGUCCUGGUCUGGCAUCGGCUGCCGGCAGAGGGCAAUGACGAUGCAUGA